UUUAGUCGUUGUAUCUUACGACGUUAAAAAAGUGCUGUGAAGGACUAUACAUAAAUAAUGGUUACUCUUCAAAUGUAUACAGCAGUGUUGUUAAUGAUAUUGCAAAAAGCUGUUAAUUCUUUGGAAUGCAUCGAUUUUUAUACAAUCUUCGAAGAAAAAUCGUGUUAUGCUAACCAUACCUUUAAUCCUGGAAUUGAUCCAGCUACUUUUAAAACGUUAUCAAAACAUGAAAUACCUGACGACUGCACUGAUACUUUACCGCAAGAAGAUUGCUUUCUUCAACUUACCUGUGACGUCAUAGAAACAAGUUGCGAAAGUAUAACAACAAGUACAAUGAAAACGACAGAAACCAUUAUACAUGAAACAGAGGCAACUUUGAACUAUACAACAGUCACAGAAUAUACAAAAUAUACAGAAAGUACACCGACUGAGGAAUAUACAACGAGUAAAGAAUAUACACUGACUGAAGAAUUUACACCGACUACGGAAUAUAGGGAGGAGGAGACAGAUGCAACAAAGGACAUCACAGUCACUUAUCAGACUGAGAAGUGGGCAAUUGAAGAAAGAGAGUUUUAUACGGCGUUUGAAGAAACUACCUGCAACGACUUAGGACCAAUAAUAAUAAUUAACCCGGUGCCAAUGUACAAAUACUUAAAAAGCUGGAACACAUCUAGUUUCACUGACAACGACUGCGCAAAGGUGUACCCGUUAGAUACUUAUCUGGAACUUUCCUGUGAAGAUAUUGUGACGUCAUGUAAGAAGAUAGAAGCGACGGGAAUUCUAAAAUCAAGCCCUUCAACAACACUAAACACCGACAAUACUCUAUUGACCGCUACCCAUGUUCUGAUAGCUAUUGGAAGCGUAGCUUCUGUUACAUUAGUGUCCUACGCAGGAUAUUGUAUAUCUCAAAAAAUCAUAGAUAUUAUACAAAGUAACACUUAUCAUUUACCACAAUGAUUGGCCGCAGAAACCUAAAGCCAUAUAAAAUUUCUAUUAAAAAUUAUUUUUAUGGCUACGCUGUUUCAACUUUGGUGGAAACUUUAACAAAGAAAUGUCAAACUUUUAAAGAAGUCUAUGAAACUGUACAGAAGCUACGUAGAAAUGAAAAUUAACCAUGUUUUAA